AUGCUUCAAACAUAUUUUGAAAACGAACAACUCAAUUCGUUACCGAAAACUUUAAUAAGCAAUCGAUCCCGAAAUGGUUUCAUUGCUACCAAUCGUCCAGAUUCCGCAGAAUUAGUUGAUUUGCAUAUAUUUAUUAUUCCGAAAUCGGUAUGGAAAAAUGUACAACAUUUAGCACAAAAUGGAGCGAUGGAUGAUGCUAUAUCAGUUGGUUUUGUUCGAGUACCACCUGAUAUAAAGCUACAUCAAUUGCGUCAGUCGAUCGAACGACUAUGUGGAACAGAAAAUAAUUUUCCACGAGAUUUUAUUUUUCUUCGAUCUGUUGGAAGAUGUUUUACAAGAGUUAAACCUACACAAGAAAAUGAAUUAAAAGUUAAACACUAUCGACCACCACUGACAUUUGCGCCAGAGAUUUAUCUUCUCGAAGGUCGACAUGAAGAUUAUGCAUAUACGCCUUCUACGACUCCAACAAUGUAUACUGCUAAUUAUUUAUUUGGUAGUCGAUAUCAAUAUCGUUUGAAUCUUGAUGAGUUUAAUACAUCGACAUCAUCAGUUUCUUGUAAUUAUCAACCGAAAUUAUUAACUGAUGUGAGACAGCAAAUACCAAUAGCGAACUCAUUUACAUUGAUACCUAACGGUUCAUCACCAACUAAAUUAGAUUGGACAAAAUUUACUCGAAUUGAUUUAGACGAAUCGACACCAAAAAAAACACCAUCAUUAUAUCGGGAAUUAAUCAAAUUACAGGAAGAACAAGAACGUCUUCGUCAACGUCAAGAUGAACUUGAACGUAUACGGCGAGAUGUUGAAGAAAAAAAAGUAAACUCGGAUCGUGACGAAGAAAAUAAUCGUCGUCGUCAUCGUCAAGAGAAAGCCGAAGCUGAGCACCGCCGUCGCUUGGAACAAGAGACGCGAGCUGCUACAACAAUUCAAGCAUCAUACCGUGGCUUUAAAGAUCGUAAAGUAUUUCAAACAAUUAAACAAAGUAUUGCGAAGAAUAAAUCUCGAAUAUCAUUAUCAGAAACUGAUGCAUCCAGUAAACAAUCAAUAGGCGAUGAGGAAAAUUCCGAUAAUUCGGACGAUGAUGAAUUCUCUGAUGGUAGUCAAAUUCUAUCCAUAUCAUCAUCAAUUAAAUCAGCAUCAGAUAUCGAUUCGAAUCUAUACAAAACAGAAACUAAUACAAUAAAAAAUCAAAACUCAGACAGCACUGAUUCUAAUUCAUUUUCAACAGAAUCAGAAUCAGAAUCAUUAACAUUUAAAACUGAAAGAAAAAUUCAAUCCGAUAAAGUACCUUACUCAAAAAAUAAAGCUACCAAUGAUAUUGAUACUGAGAUUACACGGAGUGCAACAGUUACUAAAGUACGUUAUUUAGAACACGAGUUUUUAUCAGUAUCAAGACCAAAUAUUACUGACGAUACAUACGACGUAGCACGACAAGAAGCAGAAGCCAAACGGCGUCGGCAGUUAGAUGAAGAAAAACGAAAACUAAAAGAGUUAGAAGAAAAACGAAGACGAAAAAAAAUUCAACCACAAGCAAAUGAUGAUGCUGAAUCUCUUCGUAUUCAUCUUCAAGAACUAGGAACUGAACGUAUGGAUCUUGAAAAAACGCAGAAUGACGUGAUCAGAAAAUUAAAACAUAUCCAUAGUCGAAUAACAUUGCGACGACGAGAGGCGCGUGAUAUGUGGAAGAAAAAAUAUUACCGGGAAAGAAAGAAGACCGUACCAUUGGAAGAAAUUUCAGCAAAAUUAAAACGUGAUUUAGAUCAAAUAAAUACGAAAAUAGUACAAUCUAUUGAUAGUGAAUCAAAACAAACAGCACACGCGGGUAAUGCAAAACUAGCAGAAAUGGGAAGUCUCGUUUCGCAAAUUACACGUUUUCAAAAUGAAAUUCAAAAUACUCGUAAUAAAAUUGAUCUGGCAAAGUUACGCCUAACAACUGAUAUCAAAUUACGAAAUCAAGCUGAAAAUGAGUGUCGAACAUUAAAAGCAGAACUUAGUCAAGCUAAAAUGAAUCUUCAUCAUAUAAAAGAUCGGAUAAUAACCUAA